AUGUCUGACCCCCCAAAGCGUGGCCGCGGGUGUCCAAAAGGUUCCAAGAACCGGCCUGGCGCAAAAAAUGUUGGAUGGCCCUACAAAAAUGGGCAACCAGCCCAGGCUAGGAACACAAAGGAUAAAGGUACACGCGAUCCAUCUCAUGUUGCCUUAGCAGGGCCAAGUGCCUCUCUGGCACUAACUCCUAAUAGUACUGCUGCACCUUGUUCUCCUGAACGGUCCAGUGAAUGGCUGCCGUCUCCUUCCGAGUCUCCUUCCUGCCUACAAUCCCCCAAACUGGCAACUAAUCCUCCUGUUCCAUCUGCCGACAAUUUGCGCAGCACAAGCGUUGUGACUGUUGUCCCAUCUCCUAUCCACGAGUCACUGGAAGAGCAACCUGCACUCCCAUCCAGCUCGCUGCCACUGCCUUCCCUCGCUGCCAGCUUGCUUGACGCACAAUCUGACCCAACAAGCCAUUCCCUCUGCGCACAGCCAACUACACCUGAACCUUGCCAACCAAUGCCAACCAACAGUGACUUGGAGUGUUGCACUGGCGUCGUAUCACGUAGUGCGAUGGUGCAAAACCCGUAUGGGUCAGAUCUCAAGGCUGACAAUGUCCAUGAAGGGGAUGAGGACGAGGAUGAGGAUAUGCUGGAGGAGUUCAACCUCACCUGUGAGGAUGCGGACCUCGAGGAUGAAGCAGAGAGUACUGGCGACCAGCCCAUGACAGUUAAUGCAGAGCAUGAGAUGUCAGCUCUGUCCGCACCAGCUCAAAUGGCCAGACAGCAUGCACGCCCUACUCUGCCAGCAUGGCUGCCAAGUGAGUAUCAGCGGCUGCGUGAACGUCUCAUUCAUGAGAUUAAGAAUAACUCUUCCCAUUUACCCACAUGCUAUGAUCGCCAAACCUUUUUCGACGGACCUGAAAACCCUUUUCUGGUCGCCAAAUCAACUUUUCAACUGACUCCUGGUCUCUUCCACCAGCCACGGUUCUUCAUAUGGCUGCCGCACCUCCUCGUGGAUCGUAUCCCAUGUCCUGCGUGCCUUGAUGCUGGCCGUCAGCCUGCUCAUGGCUCGUGUGUUUAUCUACAGAAACAUGGUUUUGCCCAAUGCACGCGUCGGGUAGUCGAUAUUGACUGCAAUAUAUUCAUUUUCCUUGAGAUGGUGUCCCACCGAAGCAGCAGUGGCUCACUGUCGAGCUGCUGGACAACUGCAAGCCCAUUCGGAGAAUUUGGGGAUCGAGAUGGAUAUGCGGGCUAUAUUCCCCAUGCCCCAUACUUUGCCCGAUUCUAUGACAUGCUUGUUGAGGAGUCUGCCCCUGCAUCGAAGCAACUUAUUGCAUCUCUACCUGCUGAUAUUCUCAAGCAAGACCACAGUUUCAAGGCUAUCAAACGAUUGGGCAAGACUGAUGGAGUACCUGCAUUCAAUGCCCUCUUCACAACAAUCAAUCAAUACAGCGAGAUACGGUCAAUGAAUUUCACACCAUCAAAAGCCCAGGAUGGGUGGGCUCCUAUCCUCGCAGCCAUGUUGCCGUCAUUAGCAAGCUUUGGCCAUAGUCCUCCAAAGAUUGUCUUCACAGAUAACAUUCGAGCAGACAAGGACAAGCUCCUGUCAAUAUUCCCAUCAUUAUCAGCUGGGGUCAUCCCUGUGCAGCCUGCGAGUACCCAGGAGCCAUUGGUUCUUCCAGAGGACUGGUCAUCGAUCCCAUUGACUACGAUGUUCCAGGUCAACCACCGAUUUGAUAUCAUCAUGAACCAGCACACACCAACCACUCCUGUCAUUGUUGCCUUCUCUGUGCAGUGGCCAAUUGAUGCUGCUACAGGCAAGACUGGACGUGUUGCUUUGAUUCAAGUUGCAUAUCAGAAGGUUGUCUACCUAAUACAGACCAGAUUAUUCAUGCAGGAUGGCUACAUCAGUCUCCCACACUCUCUCCUCAUGUUUUUCCAAUCUAAGGCCUAUCGCAAGGUUGGUGUCAAUGUCAUGUCGAACCUUCAGCGACUCCAGGGUGAUUGCAUUCCUGCAUGUCGUUCUGUGCUGUUUGCAGGUUCAAUUGAUGUUGGUCAGAUGGCAAGAGAGCGUGAUGCUGCCCCAAGUGGUAGCUCAAGAAUUGUCACCCUUUGUGCAAAUGUCCUUCGCCGUCGAAUCACCCGAGACUCAGUGGUAUGCAUUAGCCCAGCAUGGGGGCAUUCUGAACUACCAUCACAAUUUGUUCAGCAUGCAGUUCUCGAAUCCUAUGCUACAUGGUCACUCUACCUCACUCUUACAACAGUCAAGGCUCCACAGAACGUCACUGGGUCAACACCAGGUGGCACUGCAGUCACUAUGUAUGCUCCUGAUGGUCGGACAAUUGCUCAAGGCCUUAUUGCAAUCGACCGUCCACUGACAUUCAAUGGCAUCCGUGUCACAAAAACUCGAGUAGUGAUGGUUGUCCGAGAAGUUUUGGUACCUGGGUACUUAAUAUCAGGCAGCCUCCUUGCCUCGCACACUCCAACAGCCUUAUCUGCAUUUGGACCAGCUCCAUUCUCGAUCCUCUGCCAGGCUAAUCAUCUUCAAACAUCCUCAGUUCCUCCUCUGCUGGACCCAACUGCUGUUGGGAGCUGUGAAGACCAGACUCCAGUGAAUCCUCCUGCCGAGGGUGAAAUACUAUCUACGGACACUAAUGGGGACAGUUUCCAGUCGAUUUUUUUGGAUGCAGUUGCAACACACCUUGAUGCAAGUAUUGAGUUGGAGACCGAGCCAGAGCAGACUAUUCCUGGCUCAUCAAUUGAUGAGGGUGCCCUGGAGGCAAUUUCACAGCUCAUCCUUGAUAUCACAAAUUUCGUGCCAGAGAGUGUGGACCUGGUGCGAACACGUAUCAAAGGUGACAUUUGGCACCUUUUCCAUCAGUUUCCGAUUUCACUUCACCAUGGGCUUCGUCGACCAUUUGCACAUGCACUCAGCACUGCCAUUUUUCUCACAGAUGUUAAUGACAAACGAGCUGUUACAGAGAUACUUGCAAGGCAGAAUGUCUCCUAUGAUGCAAAGUUGAUAUCAAAGUCAGAGUGGAUUCUCACGAGAGUUCGUCGCUAUGUUCCACCACCAGAGAUACUGUUUAGCUGA